AUGGAACAGAGGAGCGACGGCGAGGAGCCAUGGGGCAGUGUGUAUCGAGCAGCAAUGCUGGCGCAGGCACCAGCGAUGCCGAAAGGCCUGACGCUCGCUGUCAAACUCCCGGCUGCCAGAGAGUCUGCGAUCCAGGGUCCAAAUCACGAUACUGCACUCAGCAUGCCGUCUGUAGACGGCAGGGAUGCAUGUCCCAAUAAUCAAGCCAAACUUCACGAUGCGCGAUUUACCAAUCAUUUAUGCUGGAACCACCAACCCCCCGAAGUCCAAGAUGCGUACCUGCUCGGAUACCUGUUUGGCGGGGAGGAUAUCCACGCGGCCAACGCAAACGAGCCUCAGCAACAACAGCAACAACGCAGCAGGCGCAGGCGUUCUCGCCAGAAGCCAAAGUCCGCACCGGCCACAACGCAACCUACAAUCCUAGCCGAGCCUCGAAACCAGGCAUCCGAAGACCCCUCGUCAAGUUCAGACGACGACGAUGUUAUAGUCGCAGCUCAUCAGCUGUCCACCAUAGGCGAGGAACCGGAAAGAGAAGACGCCAUGCGCUCAACGCAGAAAUCUCGACAGGAGAAGCCUGGAACAGCGACAGGAACAGCGUCAGGAACAGCGACAGGAACAGCGCCGGGAACACCGACGGCUCGUCGGAGUCAGAAGACGGUUCACUUCGCAGAUCCUGUCCCUCGAGCCUCCGUAGCCGCUGAAAACCCAUCCGUCGAGACGACGGCGGAUACCUGGGUUGCGGAGCCCCUCUCCUCGUCCGCGGCAGCCCGUCUUCGGACCUCCCACCACCGGCGAAGCCUGGAUGGACGGUCCGGGUAUCGGUCUUCGCCAAAGACAUCUGGCAGUCUCGCCGCUCCGGCUACGAAUAACCGUGAGAGGCGUCAUAGUACCGGCAGUGCCCCAAAGUCUGCCGACGUCAAGCGGACAACGAGAACGAGGGCCAGCCGCUGA